AUGAAUCAGGAACUGCUCUCUGUGGGCAGCAAGAGGCGACGAACUGGUGGACCUCUUCGAGGUAACGCUUCCUCAAGCCAAGUAGAUGAGGAGCAGAUGAAUCGGGUCGUGGAGGAGGAGGAGCAGCAGCAACGACGGCAGCAAGAGGAGCAGCACAUUGGGAGGAAUGGGGAGAUAGGAGGAGAGGAACCGCGUUUGAGGACAUAGCAGGAAGAGUUAGAAGAAAAUAACAAUAGACUUAAUACCGCGGAUGAAGAGUCCACGUGUAACCAAGAGGAAGAUGAUGAUGAACAUGCUGGCGAUCAAGAGGAGGAGGCGGAAGAGGAGGAGGAAAUGGACCAGGAGAGCGAUGAUUUCGAUCAGUCUGACGACAGCAGCAGAGAAGAUGAACACGCGAACAGUAACAGCGUCACCAAUUCCAACAGCCUCAUGGACUUGCCCGUUCACCAGUCAUCGCCAUUCUACAUAAAGACAAAG